UGUGAGCUCUAGUAGCUAACAGUUCCAUUUUAUAUUUUUAAUUAACCUUUCAUUGUUUUAGAAACAGAUUAUUUGUUACUUUUACAUAUGUUUAGCAAUUACUUCAUGGCUAAAGACGAAUGCAUUUCCCUGGAAAUCGUAAUGUAUUUUUGUUAGUGACCAUGCAACAGACAGUCAAUCAAUUAUAAUUUCUACGCAGACAUCUCCACUAACAGUGUGAUGCAUGGUGUCCCUGCUUCAGAGUCUUAGACGUGACCACGGCAGUAACUCUAAACUGGACAAAUUAUUGGUGCUUUCUACCAAUGUUUAAUAACAGCUGUGAUAGGGCUUGGAAGGCCACAGGUAUGCCCCCCCUUCCCCAGAUGCCCCAUCACAGACCCAUUUUACUACUUCAAUCUCUCUAUCUCACACGCGACGUGCGGCACUGUAUGAAUCAGACCUCCGCUACACUCUGAAGGACACUGCACAAGGCAAAACUUUGAGGGAUUGAAGCCCACUCGUUGGCCCUGUCUCACGGCGUCAAACAGCCAAAUGGUUAAGUUUUCACAGCUGUGAUAACAUCAAGCUGUUGUCUCUACUGCUCUGGUAGGACCUUCAGACGGCACUGUCCUGAGACUAAAAGGGUUAGCAUACAUUGUCGGAUGUCUGACUGCUUAACAAGAGCGCUGUAAAUUAUGGAAGGAUUUGGAGGGCUUGUUUACAAGGGAAAGUGUAACACGUGACAUCUUUUGAAGUUAGAUGAUGCCAAUUUGUUUUUUUACCUUGCCUUUUGCCUUUUUCCUUUUGGCUGCAAAUGCCUGUGUGAACCAGAUUGCUUUUUAAGUGUUAUGACACUCUUUCACCUUAACGUGACAAGCUGGGUUCAGUGGAUGUUCCCAAAUCCUGAGUAAUACCUGGUCUGUGGAAUGGAAGUUAAUGCUUGGGGAACUUACUGUAAUCUCAGUGUGGUCUAGGGGAAUCCCACAGAUGUGUUAUACUGUUUCUUUGCAACACUUUAUGGUCCUUUAUGACCAUUUAAAAAUAGCCAAAUAAGAUUUAUAAAAGUGAGGCUGCAGGAUCCUCAGUUUUUAGUUUCCUAGGUAGUGAGUAGGUUCUGCACAUGUUUAUUCUCUGAAUACUUACAGAACAGGCCACAGAAAACCCAUAACCGUAUGGGACAUAGGUGUAAAAGAACAGAACAUCUUAGUAUAACUUCAAUGUAAGACAAAAAUGACUGCAUUAUUAACAGUAGAAUCCCCAUUGAGCGUCAGUAUGAAUAGACCUCAACCAGUUUCAAUUUACGGCAAUGUUAAGUGGUUUCAAAAUAGCUUACAGUGUUGUUUUGAUGUCCACCAACAGAUCGGGCAGAUUGUUUUAGUUUUUUGCCUAGUGGUGUGUGCUGUAAAAUGGGAUCUGCCCAUGCAUAGAAGAAUUGUGUGGCUAAAAAGUAGCAUUGAGAUUGUAUUUCAGAGGAUUUGGUGAUGACUUUCAUAUGACUCAUAAUUGUGGUUCCUCACGUCUAUUGUUUAAUUCCAUAACAGUGAUGUCAAUUCCUGCCUGACAAUAUGGGCCAAUCCCUGAGGCAUCCGGUGAUUCUAGUGCAUAGUAAAGGAAGUGCUCUGCUUAGCUCCCCAGGCUUCAUCAGCCUCUAGUUAGUUCAACUUCCUUUAACUGAAAAGGGCAGCAAAAGUUGCCUUGCAGAUCCUGUAGAGUCGCAAUGUUUCAAUAAACUCUGAGCACGCCACUGAGAAGCAUCUCCGUAAAGCUGUUUGGAGGCUUGCUUGGAAUGUCUAGCUUAACAUAUGUGGAUUUUAUAUAUGGGGCCUGCAGAGUGUGAUCUCAGCUGGUUACAAUCUUGUUUCCGUGUUCGUUGACAGCGCAUGAAGCUGUUUUAAGCUUACGGACCGGUAGAUCCACUGUGUCUGCGGGACCCUGGAGACUGUCUGGUGGACCAGAUGCAGUGCAUGAUGAGGUCACUCCAUGACCUGAAGCACAUAAGCCGGCCGCUCAGCGAGCCCUCCGGCCGCUCCUACGCCAUGACGCGCGCCUGUCACCAGAGGGCACAGCAGCGGGAGCGCCUCACGCGCCUCCGUAGGCCCAUCUCCGAGGUCAGCGAGGCCAGCACCUACGACUCGGCCUGCUGCCUGGCCAGCCCCGUGGAGGAGGAGGAGGAGGAAGAGGACGGCAGGGAGCGGCUUACGCAGGGCUCCCCUGGCAGCGAGAAGAGUCUGGAGUUCGACUCAGGCUACUCCGAGGCGUCCUGGCAGGAUGAAGGCGUGGUCCUUCGAAGGACCAGGAACGUGCGGGUGUCCAACUCGGCGUGCCUCCGAACCAACCGCGGAGCGAGCCCCGCUGGUCGGACGCGUCCCAAGUCCUCGUCGGAUGCUUGCCUGGAGCGCUGGACGUCGUUCGAGGCGAGCGGCGACCCGGAGGACUGGACCACGGCGCUGCUGAGCCGCAGCAGGAACAGGCAGCCGCUGGUCCUGGGGGAUAACAGCUUCGCCGACCUCAUUAAGAACUGGAUGGACCUGCCGGAGUUCCCCGAGCCGGCGGAACUCAAGCCCCACGCGGGCAGGCGCCUGGCCAAGGACCUGCUGGUCAACAUGAGGAGGAAGCUGGCGGGCGUGUCUAAGACGGUGGAGAUGAGGGCCAAGCCGGCGCACUCUGCCAGGGUUACUAGGGCAGCGGUGGACCCCAAGCGCAUGUCCUGCCCCGUGGGCUUCCAGCCACGCAAACCCUUCUUUCAUCAGUCUCACACGGGCCUGCACGAGCUGGGAACGGACUUCUACCAGUUCACUGCUCUCAUGAAGACCGGCAGCCGACAACCCAUAAUAUGCAAUGACAUUAUCGGCUACAUCUGAUUUGUUACGGCUUACGGACUUUUGGCACGGAUGUACAUUAUGUUCCUCAUAUUUUUAUUAUAUCCGCAUUACGUUAAAAUUGUGCUACGAUUGUCACGGUAAUAAAACUGUUUGUUUUUUUAACAAGAA